UAGUAGCGUUCAAACUAAUUCACCUUACCGACUCUGUCACACUGCCGCUGGCCAGCAUCCGCUUGUUCGGAACGCGUUUACUGGAUUAUCUCCCUGCAGUUUGACACAGAUGCUGGUGGCUCUCACUGACUCUUUUAUAAUGCGAGUUUUUACUUGAGUUGAUUAGAAAAUCGUCCCUGUUGUGUUUUUCUUUUUUUUUUUUGCGAUUGAUAAAGAUUUGUUCUAGUUCGAAGACGACUCCAAAUUUCCAGACACAGCAACGAUGAGGAACGGAAUGAUGACAAAGAUCCUCACCAGGAUAAGUGCUGACCCCUUCACGUCAAAUUACGACCUGGUCGGCAAAGAACUGGGCAGGGGAAAGUUUGCGGUGGUGAAAAAGUGCGUCGAGAAAGCAACAGGGCAGCAGUAUGCUGCCAAGUUUCUGCGAAAGCGAAGGAAGGGCCAGGACUGCCGCAUGGACAUCUUAAACGAGAUCGCCGUGCUCGAGUCCGCCAAGACAAACCCCUAUGUGGUGGCACUGCAUGAAGUCUACGAGACGAACACAGAAAUCAUCCUAGUUCUGGAGUGUGCCGCCGGUGGCGAAAUCUUCGACCAAUGUGUUGCCGACAACGACGAGGCCUUCACAGAGAUGGAUGUGAUCCGUCUGGCCAAGCAGAUCCUGAAUGGUGUGGCCUUCCUUCAUAGGAACAAUGUGGUGCACCUUGAUCUGAAACCGCAGAACAUUUUGCUGACCAGCGCGAGACCUUUGGGGGACAUCCGUAUUGUUGACUUUGGCUUGUCCAGACGCAUGGACAACAUCACAGAAGUCAGGGAAAUCCUGGGUACACCAGAGUAUGUGGCACCAGAGAUCCUGAACUAUGAACCCAUUAGCACGGCUACAGACAUGUGGAGCAUUGGGGUUCUGACCUACGUCAUGCUGACGGGUGAGUCUCCCUUUCAGGGUGACGACAAGCAGCAGACUUUCCUCAACAUCUCCCAGGUCAACGUAGACUACUCACAGGACACGUUUGAGGGAAUCUCCCCCCCGGCGGUUGACUUCAUCAAGUCCUUGCUGAUCAAAAACCCCAGGAAGAGAGCCACGGCAGAAGAAAGUCUCAACCACCCCUGGCUGAACUCGCUUCCUCACCCCCGUUCCCACCCGCACCUCCUUGCCAGCCCCGCCUCCUCUUUGGAUGAGCCGGAGAUGAGCAUGUCAGAGUCGGAGCCCGAGAGCCCGGCCCCCUCCCCUGACCUGGACUUGAUAGAAUCAUACCUCACGUGCCCAGGCCAGGGUGAGCUGAAGACAGGAAGGGACACCUUCUCAUUCAGCGAGCCCCCCUUUCCGACGCUGACUAAGGAGCUCAUCUGCUGAAAGACGCUUCACAGGUGAAGAGACACUGAGCGAAUUCAAACUCCAUGGAGCAGAAGCUGAGAGCCAGCGAGCCUUCAGCUCUUAGAUCCGACUCAGAGCCGUGCUUCGUGAAUGCUGUAUGCCUGCUGUGGACUGCUUCUACUGCUGUGAUGUGUUUGUGUAGUUUUUUUACCUCUGAAUUUGUGUGCUGAAGUAAUACACAGAAUGCACGGGAAAAAAAAAGUGAGAGGACUGGAGAUGCAGUGGGAGAGAGCACACAAGGACUUUGUUGCAGGACUGCUCUGCUGCCUUAAAAGUGACAGAACUGAACUGGGCUCAGCAUAACACUGUGGCUCAUUCACCACUGCACACACACACACACACACACACACACACAAGUACAAGUGUCUCCUUUUUUUUUUUUACCCAAUUAGCCGUCAAAACUGUCUCAGAGGAGAGACAGUCUCCAGCUUUCUUGGGAAAUGACUUCACUCAAUGUGUGUGCUCCUCACAAGUGAUGCUUCAGUUGACCCAGACAUACCUCCUGCGAUGAGUUAAGUUGAAGUAAAUAAAGAGUUUUGACGGAUGCUUGUACUUAAUUAAUGCAAAGGGCAGCAUCCCUACGCUGCAGCCACAAGUGAACUGUUCCACUGUUUUGUGUUUAUUUAUGUCAGUUAUAUCACUUCAGCUCCUUAAAUAUACAAAGCCACAUAAAUGCUUGUUUUAGAUGUAAAUGAUAGCAUUCUUAUUUAACGGACAAUCUUAAGCACUUUUUUUACUUUGUUAUUGGACUUCCACCUAAAUGUAAGAAACCAAAGGCACAGUCAGACACAAUAUAUUGUACACAAUCACCAUUUUCCAACACAAACUGUUUCGGUCACAUUAUCGUUUUUUUUUGUUUUUUUUCCCCACAAAGUGCCACUUUGCAAACUCACUUCUGUGUUAAUAGUAAAGUUAUUCAUCAAAUGUUUUUUUUAUUUUUUAUUUGCUUUUGCAAAAGUUGCACAAUUUUUCGUUUUGUACUUAAAUGCGAGGUUGCCACACGUUUUUUGCGCUUGUCAAAUGUUGUGAAAACAUCGAAACGAGAGAAUGAAGGUUACAUUUUGUGAUUGGAAAAGAAGAACGAUGACAUGGUCAACUGAAGAGCCAAGAUGUGUAAAAUAGAAUUUAUGAUGUUUGCCUUCAGAUGCUUGGGAGCAAAGAAAUGAUUAAUUUCCUGUAAAGAACUGAAAUGUGUUUUGUGAGUUUGUAUUAAGGUUAAUCUGAAAAGUAAGUAGAUUAUUAUUUUUUUUUACUUGUGUUGAAUGUAACCCCAUUAAAUUGUCUUAUUUUGUACAUUAA